AUGUUCAAUGUCAAGAUCUUGAUUAAUGGACUCUGUAAGACCGGACACACAUCUGCUGCUAUUCAACUGUUGAGAAAGAUCCCACAGUAUGGGAUUGCUCCUGAUGUCGUCAUGUACAACGCAAUUAUUGAUAGCUUGUGCAAGGUUACGUUUGUAAGCGAUGCUUUUCAUUUAUACUUUGAAAUGCUUGCUAAGGGAGUCUCUCCCGAUGUUAUCACGUACACCACUCUAAUUUAUGGAUUGUGCCUUGCGGGCCAACUUAAGGAAGCCAUUGAUUUACUAAAUCAUAUGAUGCUGAAAAACAUUUCUCCAAAUGUUCGUACCUAUAAUACUUUGAUUGAUGGACUAUGUAAGGAGGGAAAUAUCAAAGAUGCUAAGAGUGUAUUAGCUGUGAUGACAAAAGAUGCUGUGGAACCAACUGUGGUUACUUAUAAUUGUUUAAUGGAUGGGUAUUGCUUGGUUAACGAAUUAAACAAGGCAAAAUAUAUAUUUGACACAAUGGCCCAGAUAGGAAUGGCUCCUGAUAUCCAAAGUUACAAUAUUAUUAUUAAUGGCUUGUGCAAAAUUAAAUUGAUGGAUGACGCCUUGAAUCUCUUUGAAGAGAUGCGUCGCAAGAACUUGGUUCCUAACACAGUAACUUACAGUACUCUAAUUGAUGGCUUGGGAAAAUCAAGGAGAAUCUCUUGUGCUUCAAAGCUUCUUGUUGAGAUGUAUAAUAAAGGUCAACCUGCUAAUAUAAUCACUUACAAUUCCUUGUUGGAUGGGAUGUUCAAUAUCAAACAAGUUGACAAGGCACUUAUGUUAUUUAAUCAAAUGAAAAAGAGUGGCAUUGAUCCCAAUAUACGUACAUAUAAUGUACUUAUUGAUGGCCUAUGCAAAGGUGGAAGACUUACAGAUGCAAAAGAGAUUUUUCAAUCUCUUUCCAUUAAAAGCUAUCGUCCAAAUGUGAGGACAUAUACUAUUAUGAUCAAUGGGCUCUGCAAAGAGGGCUUAUUUGAAGAAGCAUUGGCCCUGAUGUCAAAAAUGGAAGACAAUGGUUGCUUACCAAAUGCUGUGACUUUUGAAAUCGUUAUUCGUGCUUUGUUUGAAAAAGGUGAGAAUGACAUGGCAGAAAAACUUCUUCGGGAAAUGAUUGCUAGAGGCUUAUUGAAUGGAUGAAUGAAGCCAUGAAGGUAAGAUACAUCAACUCAAAUUGAAAUCACCUCUCUAUUGUUGCAGAAUAUGUAUCAUAGUUCUGUAAAUUCUGUAUCUGUUGGGUCAGAGAACUUUGGCAAUGCCACAACAUCAAUACCACUGAUGUCUUGAUUAUCUCAUUUUUAUUCAAUUAAUUUUGAACUUUUAAUUUUUGUAAUUGCUAUCAUCCUUUUUAAUUCCACUAUGCUCUAUU